UUCUCCGUGUCAUCUCUACAGACACACACAGGAAAGAUCUUCUCCACUGCUAAUGUUAACUGUUCCCUAUAGAUAGUCCGUCCGUAACGUCCUCCGAGUCUCUCCUUCUCCUCGCUCCUGUUCCUGAAUGAGAAUCUCCAAUGCCUUCUUUAGGCACCUUCUCGAAAAACCACGACACAAACUGUGUCUCUUCCAAAGUUGCCACUCUACUAAGAUCUCAGACCGUCACCCAUCCUAGAUUCUUACCCAUUCCGUUCAGACAACAUUCAACCCACACAAGAGUCCUCUCCAAAUCCGCCAACCUCGACGAAGCCAUCGCCACUCUAUCCUCCUCCUCACACUCGAAUCCGGAGCCUCACACUUACCUAGACGCUCUCCACGCGUGCAUCUCCGCUAAAUCACUCCACCACGGCCAAAAGAUCCACACUUUGAUCCUCAGCAACCCUAAACUCCGCCGCGACCCCAAGCUUCUAACCAAACUCAUCACUCUCUUCUCCGUUUGCCGCAGACUAGACCUCGCUCGCAAACUCUUCGACGACGUUAACAAAAAAGACUCAGCCUUUCUCACCGAGGAAGUCUGGGCGGCGAUGGCGAUCGCCUUCUCCAGAAACGGGUCGCCGAGAGAAGCUCUAAUCGCUUACGUCGACAUGCUGUGUAGUAGUAGUAGUAGCUUCGUGACGACGACGCCUGGGGAUUUCUCCAUCUCCGUCGCGUUGAAAGCGUGUAUUGACCUUAAAGAUUUGAGCUUUGGGAGAGGUGUGCAUGCCCAGAUCGUGAAACGGAGGAGGAAGGUUGAUCAGGUGGUGGAGAAUGCGCUGUUGAAGCUUUACAUGGAAAGAGGAUUUUUAGAAGAUGCGCGCAAGGUGUUCGACGGAAUGUCUGAGAGGAAUAUCGUGACUUGGAAUUCGCUUGUUUCGGUGCUGAGUAAGAAGAAGGUUAGGGUUCAGGAGAUGUUUAGUCUCUUCAAGAAGAUGCAGGAAGAGAGGAUUGGGUUUAGCUGGGCGACGCUGACGACGAUUUUGCCAGCUUGUGCGCGUGUGGCUGCUCUUCUUACGGGGAAAGAGAUUCAUGCGCAGGUGUUGAAGUCUAGUGGGAGACCUGAUGUUCCGUUGGUUAACUCGUUGAUUGAUAUGUAUGGGAAAUGUGGUGAGGUUGUGUAUGCUAGGAGAGUCUUUGAUGGGAUGUUAAAUAAGGAUCUGACUUCAUGGAACACUAUGUUGAACUCUUACGCCAUCAACGGGGAUAUCGAAGAAGAGAUCAGUCUUUUUGAUAGGAUGAUAGAGUCAGGUGUUGUUGCGCCAGAUGGGAUUACCUUUGUUGCUUUGUUGUCUGGGUGUAGUGAUACAGGGCUCACAGAGUAUGGUGUGAGUUUGUUUGAACGUAUGGAAACAGAGUUCAGAGUCUCACCCGCCUUGGAGCAUUAUGCUUGUUUAGUUGACAUCUUGGGACGAGCGGGUAGGAUCGAAGAAGCAGUCAAGGUGAUAGAAACGAUGCCGUUUAAGCCGAGUGGAUCCGUUUGGGGAUCACUUCUCAACUCCUGCAGGCUCCACGGGAACGUUUCAGUGGGGGAGAUUGCUGCAAAGGAGUUGUUUGUUCUCGAGCCUCACAAUCCAGGGAACUAUGUGAUGGUUUCUAACCUAUACGCUGAUGCAAAGAUGUGGGACGAUGUGGAUAAGAUCAGAGAGGUGAUGAAACAGAGAGGGAUUAAAAAAGAAGCUGGUUGCAGUUGGGUACAGGUUAAAGACAAGGUUCAGAUCUUUGUUGCGGGAGGUGGACACGAGUUCCGUAACUCGGAUGAGUAUAAGAGAGUAUGGUCGGACCUACAAGAAGCUAUUGAAAAAUCAGGUUAUGCUACUGAUACAGGCGUGGUGGAGCUUCAUGAUGUUGAUGAAGCUACUAAGGUGAAUUGGGUUUGUGGACAUAGUGAGAGGCUUGCGACAAGUUAUUCUCUUAUUCAUACCGGUGAAGGGGUUCCGAUUAGGGUUACUAAGAAUAUGAGAGUAUGUGGAGAUUGUCAUGCAUGGAUGAAGAUUGUGUCGCAAGUAACUGGGAGAGUUAUAGUUCUUAGAGAUACAAAACGGUUCCAUCAUUUUGCUGACGGCAUCUGCUCAUGUAAAGACUACUGGUGAUUAUAUAAAAAAAAAUUGCUUGAGCUUGUUGCCCUAAAGAGUUGCUGAAGCAUCAUUAUCCGCGAUGUAACUGAUUAUGUUAGUACAUAUAUUAAUGGAAACACAAAGCGUUCUUGGUACUAGGACUGACAGUACCGUA